AUGGACUCUAGCGGCGCCAUUGGAGCGGCGAGCUUCAGCUUUCAGCUCUUUGGCGCCUGUGUCAAAGGCUACAAUAACCUGCUCACGGCACUUAACAUGGAAUCUGACCUGUCGGUUCUGCGAUGCCGGCUCGAAAUCGAAAUACAACGUUUCAAACUCUGGGGCGAUGCCGCCAAAGUCUCUGGUGGUGUUGGCAUCCCGAAAUGUCACCUCGCUACUGUUCACACAUCCCUCAAGUGCGUCGAGCGGCUAUUAGUCCACUCUGUCCUCAUGAGACACCGCGACGAUGACAGAGUGGACCAAAUCGCAACCGAGUCAGGCAGAGCCAUUACAUCGCACACUGGACUAGUCGGGGGUUCUGUUCGAUGGGUCUUGGCCGAUAAGGCUGGAAUGGAGGGCACCCAGCGGGAGGCGAGGCGGUCCUUUCAAGAGCUCGUCAUUCGUGUGCUCGGCACUGACAACAUCUCUAAGAUCAAGCUCCUUCAGUUGUCUAUUACGGAUCGUUACGCUGACAUCUAUGUGUUGGCCGCUCUCAAGGCUCUCAAGCUGGCUAUGGACAACACCGAAAAGCCAGCCACACACGUACAAUCACAUCCGGAAGAGGCGCAUCCGAAUUUCAAGCCCAGAAAGUGGAUAGACAUGCCUUUGUGGGACCUGAGUCCUUCGGCGGGUUUGGAAGUGGCAGUCUACGAUCGACAGCAUGUCGUACUCGAGUGGAGGAGGCUUCCCAAAGACGAUGUGGCGCGUUCCCAGUCACUUCUGAGGCUAGAGUGGCUCAUGUCAUUUCUUAUCCAUGCAUCUGAUGUGCCGGAUCUGCGGGCUCUUGAGUUUUGUGGUGCAACGAUGGAUCUGAACAAAGAGCACAUGGCCAUGGUCUACAAGCACCCUCAACCAUCAUGCGGCCGGGAGCCAGCGUCCCUCUACGACCUCUUCGCAUCUCCAGAGAGAACGCAGAAUCUUCCCACCCUCAACAACCGGUUUGCCCUCGCCGUUUCGCUUGCGAAGGCUCUGGUCCAGCUGCACGUCUGUGGCUGGCUUCAUAAGUCGAUAUGCUCGAGAAACAUCCUGUUCUUUUACCCGGAAGGGUACGAUGAGAAUGCAAGUGGCGGCAUUAAUCGCCUGAUCGGCAGUCCGUUCCUCAAAGGAUACGGCUAUGCACGGGCAGACAUGCCAGUUGCAUCCGACCACAGCGCCAAUUUUUCCGAGACAAUUGCGGCAGACGUCGACAUGGACCUAUAUCGGCAUCCAAGAACCUUCGAUUCCAGCGACAAACGCACCACCUUCAAGAAGACAUACGACACUUACAGCCUUGGAAUCCUUCUGCUGGAGGUGGCGCUCUGGGGCUCCAAUCCACAGGCAACCCCUUUACAGCUGAGGACUCUGAGGCAACUAUAA